AUGCUGUAUCUACACUCCACCAUCGCCAACGUGGCUUCCCUCAACCUCUCCAGCUUGCUCCCCACCGGCGCGAAUCUGACCUCAGCCCUCGCCGCCAUCGAGCACUUCUUCACUCCAAACCCCACCGCCGACACCACUGCGGCAAACAACGAGCCAGGCGAGAAUACAGUCGUAACACUUCUCACUGACUUGCUCACCUCUCGAACAAGUCUAGAGAACACAUCCAUCCUCCUCGCCCUCUGCACCUUCCUCCUCCUCGCCAUGUCCUGGGCCUCGCGCUUCAAUAACCUUGGCCGCUUCUCCCCAUUCACGCGAUCUCCUCCUGGCCCCGGUGGCACCAAAGUCAGCGAUGCGGAUUUCAGCUACAUCACCGCCGAGGAUCUACGGAAACAUGGCGCAGAUGGAGUGGCCCCACAUAGCGAAUCAGCGGGUGUGCAAUAUACCGGUCCACCUCGAGAUACAGAUGCGCUAGUCAUGAGGAAUAAGCGGAAAGAUGUCACCGUGCAUUUCCCAGCAUACUGUAUCGAAAAGGGCGACUUGACGAUAGGACAAGUACGGGACGCAGCAGCGAAGAAAAUGGGCACAGUAGAUCCCCGAAGAGUCAAACUCCUCCACCGUGGCAAGAACCUCAAAGACGACACUCGCACAGCCAAAUCAGAGGGGUUGAGGCAUGAAUCAGAACUCCUCUGCACAAUCGCCGAAAGCAUGCCCUCAGCCGACGGCAGCGAAGACGACGACGACGAUGAAGACGGCGAGGGUGUCGAUGGCGAGGACGGCGCAACAGACGGCGAGCCGAAGCGGCGAAGAAACCGCGGCAAAAAGAGCAAAAGGCGGAACAAACGCGAACAAACCUUCCAAGGCGGCAGCGGAACCUCCACCCCAAGCCUCCAACCACCCGGCGUCUCAGCCCAACACUCCCGCGCCCCCUCCCCCAAACCCAUCCCCACAACCGCCAUAGGUAAAAUCGACGCCCUCCGAGACAAGCUCCUAGAAUUCAUGCCCGACGUGCGCCAAUUCCUCGCCUCCCCUCCCUCGGACCCGGCGAAGCGGGAAUUCGACCAUAAGCGUUUAUCUGAGACGAUCUUGGCGCAGGUGCUGUUGAAGCUGGAUGCGGUGGAGACGGAGGGGGAUGGGGAGGCGAGGGCGAGGCGGAAGGAAUUGGUGCGGGAGACGCAGGGGUGGUUGACGGAGUUGGAUGGGAUGGUGAAGAGGUGA